AUGGCACUGCAAUGGGAGCAAGUCGCGGGACCAUUCAGCCGUUUGACCGAGGGCCCGGCCUGGGACGGCCAGCGGCUUCUGUUCACCUACAUUCCGGCCAGCCGUAUCAUGGCCUACGACCCGGAGACCGGCGAGUGCAGCAUUUACAGGGAGGACACGAACCACACCAACGGCCUGGCCUUCGACGCCGAUGGCCGCCUUUACGGUUGCUGCUCCGGCGGCCGCUCCAUCGUCCGCUUCGAGCCUGACGGCAGCACUACCACCAUAGUUGACCGGCUGGACGGCCAGCGCCUGAACACCCCCAACGACCUGGCCAUAGACCGGCGGGGGCGUAUCUGGUUCAGCAACCCCUGGAACGAGGGGAACAUCGACGCCAGCGAACAGCAAGAGAACAUGAACAGGGACAUCCUGCGGGCCGACCCCCAGCCCGACGGCAGCUAUACCUGCCAGCGGAUGACCUUCGAUACCACCGGCACCAACGGGUUGCUGGUGUCGCCCGACGAGCACAACCUGUACAUCAUCCAGACCGACCCCUCGCCCGACGGGGUGCGGGAAUUGCGCUCCUACCCCAUCAAUGGCGACGGUUCCCUGGGUCAGUACGUCGUGCUGCACCAGUUCGGCCGGGACCCACCGGGGGCUCCAGCGCGGCAUUGA